UCUUCCCGUGAUUCUUCCAUAACAGAACUUGCUUACCAGCAACAUGUCGGGGAUUUUCAGAGCACUUUCUGCGGUGCGCUCCGCACCUGUGGUGCGCAGUGUAACCAUGUCUCAGCGCGCCAAUCUUGCCAACAGGGCAGCAAAAGACCCUCUUGGUCCAGCGGAGACUGCGAUUGGCCUCACAAUGUUCUCACUGGCAAUCCUGGGCCCGGCAGGCUGGAUCUUGGCCAACCUGGACAGUUACAAGAAGAAGGAUGAUUGAUUGGAAGAGUCCGGGCUGAUACACAGAUGUUCUUCUGAUUCGAUUUCUUUACAACCCAACAUGGGACCAUCAACUCACUCACCUCCGAUGUCAAUGUGGAUCAAAUUUGGACUUUAUCUACCUCCACCUCUAGCAGUUUACGUUCCUCUCACUCCAGUCUUCAAAACAGUCAAAAAUUCCAACUACUUGAGCUUGGUUUUAUCUGCUUUUACUCCCUUUGUGGAGCCUGUUACAGUAACAAUAAAGCUGUAUUUAAAUAUUUGAA